AAUUUGUCAGUCUCCUCCCAUCAUGGAGUGGCUUUAAGAUCAGGCUCCCAGCGCGUUUCCUCAGUUCCUUUUCCAGCGCUUUCAGGAAGAAAGUCUAAAAUGUUUUUCACAUUAUUUUCACCAACCACUUGGACGUUGCUGGCGAUCGUGUUUACCCUGCUUUUGCUGUAUGGAAUUUGGCCAUAUCGUUUUUUCAAAAAGCUGGGGAUACCUGGACCAUCGCCUCUCCCUUUUGUUGGAACAGGGCUUGGCUUUAAAAAGGGAAUUCUUGCUUUUGACCAAGAGUGCCAUGCGAAGUAUGGGGACAUCUGGGGGUUGUACGAUGCAAGAACACCGGUUUUAAUGGUGGCUGACCCUGAGAUUAUUAAAACUGUCACUGUGAAGGAGUGCUACACUGUGUUUACCAACCGCAGGGAUUCUGGUUUUAUGAAUGGACCUCUGGAUGAUGCAGUUUCAGUAGUCAAAGACGAAAGGUGGAAAAGAAUUCGGAACACCGUGUCCCCAUGCUUCACCAGUGGAAGACUGAAACAGGUUUAUCCCCUUGUUGCUCGCUAUGCAGACCGACUUGUUGCUAAACUUGAGGAAACAAAUUUGGAUGAACCCAUCAAUGUCAAACAGUUUGUGGCUCCUUACAGUUUAGACACUGUGACCAGUGCUUCUUUCAGCGUGGAGACAGACUCCAUAAACAAUCCAAAUGAUCCUGUGAAUGUGCAGGUCCAGAAGGUCCUUAACUUCAAAUUUUGGCCUAUACUUUUCCUAAUGAUUUUUCCCUUUGGUAAACAUCUGCUGGAGCUCCUGAAGAUUGAAAUCAUGCCCAAAGACAGCAUUGACUUUUUCUACAACAUCAUUAAGAGAUUUAAAACCCAGCAUCGUGAAGAUGAAUCUGCCCGAGCAGACUUCCUGCAGGUGUUAAUUCAGAGUGAGAUCCCAAAAAAGGAGUAUAAGAAUGAUGAAGAACAGCCAAAUAAAGGUUUGACUGAACAUGAGAUCCUUUCCCAGGCCUUGGUCUUUAUCUUGGGAGGCUAUGAGACCACCAGUACCACUCUAACAUACAUGCUUUAUAAUCUGGCCACCAACCCUGAUGCGUUGCAGACCUUACACAAAGAAAUCGAUGCUAACCUGAAGAAAGAUGCACCCAUUUCUUAUGAGGAGCUGACCGACCUGCAAUACCUGGACCAUGUUAUACUCGAGUCGUUGCGUUUGAUUCCCACUGGCCCUCGGCUCGACAGGACAUGCAAAAAAACUGUGCAGGUGCAUGGCCUCACCAUCCCUGAAGGAACCGUAAUUGGGAUUCCUGUGUGGCUGUUGCACAAAGACCCACGCUACUGGAACUCACCUGAGCUUUUCAGACCAGAGAGGUUCAGUAAAGACAGCGGGGAGGAGGUGAACCCAUAUGCGUACAUGCCGUUUGGACUCGGCCCUCGUAACUGCGUUGGGAUGCGCUACGCCCUCCUCGUCAUGAAGAUGGUUAUUGUCCGUCUCUUGCAGAAGUACACUUUGGAAACGUGCAAAGAGACCAUGAUUCCACUUCAGUUUGACUGGAAGUUUCAGCCAGUUCAGCCUGUAAAACUCAAGAUUGUUCCCAGAAAUCAGUAAUCUAAGAGGGAACAUCUUCAAAUCCCAUCAAACAUGUUAUUUUAUGCUUUUGCUUUAACGUGAGGGAACUGCUGCCAGGAAUGACAUUGUUCAUGUAAUUUCUUUUUUCAGCUGCUAUUUUGAUGAAUCAAAUGUAUUUUAAUUCCCUUUUUUUACUGUGUUGAAUGUUUAAUCUGACUUUUCUGUGUUCAAAAAACACAUCUACCUUUGCUAUUUCUCCUUUUAUGGUUAAUUGCAUGAAUUUCUUGAUGACAUUAUUGGACUUGUGACUUCUGAAAAGUGCAAACAUGCAUAUUAUCUUUUGACACUUCUGCUUUAUGGGUCACAUUUCUUCCUUGUUUGGUUUCUUUUUUUGUGUCAGUUUGGUAGAAAUUGGUGUCUGUUCAUGUAUGAGCUUCGUGAUGCAAUAAAUACAGUUACAACUAGAAA